AUGCUGCCAAACUUUUAUUUAUACUUGACCAGCUGUGUGCUGCUGCUCGCUUUGUUCUGGCAAGUCUCCAUGGGAACCCCAGUGCGCACGCCGCGGAGUUUGGACACUGAGAAAUGCGGGCAGUGUGCUGACCUCUCCAGAGAGCUCGUCAAGAAUGUUAGAAAGCUCCUGGACAACGAAAACCUGUUUGGGGGUUUAAACUGCUCGGAGCAGCGUGUGGAGGUAAACAGUAAGACCAAGACAGUCCUAGCCUGCGAACCCAACACGGACAGGAACACAAGAUGCUCUGGUCAACGGAACACCACAUUCAGUGAGAGUGAGUGUCUGAGGAACAUCCGAGCAGACCUAGGACAUUAUGCUGCCUCACUACAGGCUUACAAACAGGCCGACCUCAGCUCUACUGUCCAGGACACCAAGAACCUACUCAAUAAUUGUCCAUCCACACACGGGGAUCCUUCCUCACAUGUUGCAGACCCUAAGCUGACUAGUGGUAACUCUGUGGACCAGAGGGUCCAUCUGUGUAAGUUACUGAAGGGCUUCCACCUCCGGGUCAUCACCAUCAGCAGAGCCAUGGGCUACAUCUCUGCUGGAGACCACAGGAAGUAAACCCUCAUCUUCAAAACCAUCCAAUUCCUCAUCAUC